GCUAGCUGCGGGGUCAACAUGGCGGCGCCGCAACCUUGUGCGGAAGGCCCGUGCUGCUCCUGGCCGGGUGCAGCGUCCGGCGUGCAGCAGACGCUGGACGAGAUGGACUUCGACAGGGGAAUCUGGUCGGCAGCCCUGAAUGGAGACCUAGGCCGAGUCAAAUAUUUCAUCCAGAAGGCAACAGACCCUAGCCAGCCCGACUCAGCUGGCUACACUGCUCUGCACUAUGCCAGCCGCAACGGGCACUAUGCCGUAUGUCAGUUCCUGCUGGAAAGCGGGGCUAAGUGUAAUGCCCAAACCCAUGGGGGCGCCACAGCUCUGCACCGGGCCAGCUACUGUGGGCACACUGAAAUCGCACGGCUCCUGCUGUCUCACGGGUCCAACCCUAGGUUGGUGGAUGACGAUGGCAUGACAAGUCUGCAUAAGGCUGCUGAGAAGGGUCAUAUGGACAUUUGCUCCCUGCUCUUGGAACACAGCCCAACCCUGAAGGCUGUCCGGGAUCGGAAGGCACGCCUAGCAUGUGACCUGCUGCCCUGCGACAGUGACCUGUGGGACCUGCUGGCCACCUGAGCCGCCACCUUUCUGUCUUGGGCUGCCAUUCAAGAGGACCCAGACUAGCACUCCUACCCCCUGUCGUGGCGUGCAUCCGUGCUGCAGGGUGGGACGUUGAGGCCCGAAGAGCCCCAUUCUGGCCGCUGUGGGAGCGAGGGAGUAGUUGUGGGGCUGCAGGUGCUUAAACCUGGACAGAUGAUCAUACUCUAAAUUAGCUCAUGUAGAAACAUCUAUCUGUUUGGAAAAAUAAAACUGUAUCCUUACCUCA